AAAAAACCCCCCCCAAAAACAAAUCAAAGUUCCCCAGAGCCCUAACAUACUCAGAAAGGCAGUUAUUUAUACCAUGUGACCUUCCACUGAAUGACAGACGUCUCAGCUGAACAGCUGUUCUACGGUGAGCAGCAGGAACCGACCUCUGCGCUUUCUAUUUAUGUCUCACUUCAGGAGUGACUAUUUUCUCCCUCGUGACGACACGCUGCUGCCGCCGCUCGCUUCCCAUCUCCUUCGACUGCAUUUCCGUCCUCCUUCCCCCAAAAGUUUCCAUGGCAAUAGGUUCUAAUGGUUGACAUGCUUCUUGAUUCCCUUAUUGGUACUGUUUGUAUGAUCAUUUCCAACCUCAUACAUGCUUUUUGGACAAUAAUAGACUCUGACCCUGUCGAUUUGGGAGGACAGAGUGGCUUUCUGCACAAUUACAUGGAGGAACUGAACCCCAGACAACCGUCAGUCAAACAGCUAAAGGAGAAGUUCCUGAAGGCCCUGCAGGAAAACAAUGCUGAGGAAGUCCUGCAGAUUCUGAACUCUGGCAAACUUGAUAUUGACACAGUGCUGGAGGUUGAAGAUCCCAGCAUGGUCUUGGCCUCUUAUAAACAGGGAUACUGGUUGCCAGGCUACAAGCUGGAGAAAUCCUGGGCGAUGGGUAUCCAUGUAUGUGUGAUGUACAACGCCGUGGAAACGGCGCUGGUCCUCCUCCAGAAAGGUGCGGCCAUCAACCGCAUGCCCAACGGGAAGACGCCCCUGCAUGUGGCCUGCGAGGUCUCCAACAGCGACUGCGUGGCCCUGCUCUUGGCUUACGGGGCAAAGGUCAACAGCCUGUCACUGAGCGGUCACUCUCCUCUGCACUACUGCAUCACCAGGGAGUCCGUGGAGUGUGCCAGGCAGCUCAUCCUCAAAGGUGCAAAGGUCAACACAGCCAGCCACAACAACGAGGAGGACACGCCUUUGCACACAGCCGCUAGAUUUGGGGUUCCAGAACUGGUGGAGUUGCUUUUGACCCACGGGGCCUCCGUCAACGCCCUCAACGCUCUCCAAGAGACCCCCCUAAUGACUGCGGCCUUUUGGGCUUUCGACUCCAAGGAGCAAGUCUACAGCCAAGAUCAUCAUUUCGUUUGUCGCCUUCUGCUGGACCACCAAGCGGACCCCAACCUGAAGGAAGGGGAUAAUAAAACAGCUCUCCACAUGGCCGCCUGGAACUGCGAUCACGUCCUGAUGCAGAUGCUGCUGGAGGCCGGAGCGGAUGCUCGAGCCAUGGACAUCAACGGAUGCGCUCCCAUUCAAUACGUCCUCAAAGUGACAGGAGUCAGGCCUAUGGCCAUCCCUGAGGUCUGCUUUCAGCUUCUGCUGAACUAUAACGCAGCGCGGAUCUACCCUCCGCAGUUCCACAAGGUACUGCAGUCCUGCUACGACUACCCCCAAGUUGUAGAAAUUCUGGUGAACUCCUAUGAACAUUUAAAACCCACAAGAAAGUGGAGAGGAGCUAUUCCCGAUGACUGCUAUGAGCGACAUAACGACUUCUAUGACUCGAUGUUUGCCAUUUGCACCAACACGCCGCGCAGCCUGCUUCAUCUCACCAGAUGUGCCAUCAGAGUCGGUCUGCGAGGGUUUUGCCAGCGAGGAGUUGAUCAGUUGCCUCUGCCAUCGACUAUGAAGAAAUAUUUAUUGUUAGAACCUGAGGGCAUACUUUACUGAUGAAGAGACUUUUUUUAAUAAUACUUAUGCUAUGUUGCUGGGACAGUGAUUUUGGCGGAAGAAGGUUUAAAUCAGGUAAUGUUUCUGUCUGUAUUUACAGAUUUAAUGACCAAUGAGGAAAUCAGUUGCCUUUCUUCAAUUCUUUCACCUCCCUUCUUUUUAAAGGGCCUGUUUUAGUUUUGCCUGUACUCAUAUUUCCAGUUAUUCUUUUCCACACUUGUUUUUCAGCCAUGUUGACCAGUGUGGCUUCAGGCUGAAAGUGCUGCAACACGCUGAGGAGGAUCCAGCGCUACCUAGCAACUGGCUAGGCCCGAUGCACACUCUCAAACUCAUGAUAUUCCUAUUUCAGCAGACAACACUCUUGACUGAUCACUUCACAAUAAGUGUUUGUUUUUCCACCGGGCUGCAUGCAGCCGGGGACCCAGGCCUGUUUUUUUUUUUUUUUUUACAGCUUUCUCACCAAUAAAAAAGUUUAUCUGUUCAAUCUCCCUCUUCAAAACAUGUUCCAGUUAUCCACACCUAAAAUUGCUCCAUGUUAGACAUAUUUUAAUAUCAGAUAAAGAUAAGGCAAGUAAACACAAUGAUGAUUUUGUUGAUUAAAGAAAAAAAGCAAAUCAGCAGGGUCCGAUGUAAAAAUAGAAAUUCUGGCCUUGGUUAAAAGACUAACUUUGAUUGACUGCAUUUUGUUUAUUUUAAUUAGCACCCAGUGCUGGUUACUGCUUUACCAGCAACAUCAAGAAGCCACUUCCAUAGAUCCCGUCAGACAACAUGCAGAAAGCUAAGCAAUCUCAACAAUUCUUCAUGACCAAGAGCCCACAGCACCAUGCAUCGUACUUGGCGUAAACGGGUAAAUACUUUUUUUUUUUUUUUAAAUCUCUUGUUUGGUUUACAAUUGUUAAACAACAGAAAUACCGCUGAUUUUGUUCUUACGGUUUCUGUAAUCAAGUUUCUGAGGAAGCAGAGCUAAAGCGCAUCAGAGAGGGAUGGGGAGAAGUUUAUGAGCUGUGUUCGUUUGUUUCAAACAAAAACAGUUUAACUCCGUCUUACAUUCCUCCAUAUCCUACUUAAAAAAAAAAACAUAAUUGGCCUUCACCCACUCUCGUCGACUCACCUCUGUGCAUGCAGCACAGAUAAAACAGGUUUGAACCAGUUUUAUCCUGCUAAAAAUCUGGUAUAUUUAAAUAAGUCACCAAAAAAAACAAAAAAAAAUCACUAUUCUAACCACCUAAUAUUUUAUCUUGCUUUUCCAAUGCUAAUCAGAGUAUUUAUAGACAUAAGUACUUCUUGUUGCAUUGGAUGAACCAAACACUGCUUUACACAAGUCUUUUGUCACACCAACAAGGUUUACACUGUUGAGGACCUUCCACCCGAUCAUAGGUCACGCCUAAUGAUAGGCCAGCCUCUGACUUCUAUUUUAAACCCCAACCCGGUGCUGAUGUGUUUGUGCAUCAAAAGAACCAAGACAGGCGGAAACUUUGCCAACUUUGCGGACUUGGAAGCGCAGCUCUUUUGGUUUUGCUAUCAGGACAGCCCAGGAGCAAACAUGUUUCAGCCUAUUAAGCAAACACACUACAGAGUCGAUACAAACGUGUCAUGAACUCACAUGCUCUCUUACUGUCUGUGAAUCAGCUGCAACUUUUAACGGCGUAGCACAAACGUUUACGGUGUGAAAUUAUGGAACGUUAAAUUUGCCGAAAAGAACCCGGUGGUCUGGUGGUCUUCGAGCUCUUAACAAAGCAGAGAUCUAAAAGAAACGUCUCUUGUAGUUCUCCGUGUGUGCCAGAUCAGAGAACAUUGUCUGCAUGACUAAAGUGUCAGACUCAAAAUAAACCAAUGACUGCCAGCCAGCAGCCACACACAGACACUCCUUCUAAAACACGAUAAGGGGAAAAUUGAGUCACUCGGUUGCAGUCAGUAGGAUGGGAUAGAAAGAUUGUACAAUUUCAAUUGACGAUCAGAAAGAAAAAACAAACAAAAGCCACACACAGACCCUCACACGCAGUUAUUUGAGGAGAAGUGUGUUUUGAGGAGUCAAGCUGAGGCUUUGAGGUGUAAUAGUGUAGCAAAAGGCAAGCACGGUGGUGGGAGCGUCAUGGUGAGGGUUUAGGAUUUUUUUUUGUUUUGUUUUUGCUGCCAAAACAACUGGUACAAAGCAGAAUUAUGAAGAAGAGGACUUCCUCUAAAUUCUUUAGCAGUGUGGAAUCGUCCUUACCUCAAGUCUGAAAACAAUUAACUCGCUGUUGGUGAAGCGAUUGGGGCGUCUACUUCAUUUUUCUGGAUCAGAUCCAUAAACAAAACCACCCCCUACCCCCUCUGAACUGAUUUACAUGAUGUACACCAUUACUGAUUUGGUCCAAUUGUCAAAGUGAAACUUUCCUUUAACCAGACUUAAGAGGGAGUGUUUGUAUAGAUUAAAAUCUUUGUGUAUUUUAUUCAUAUCCUUGUGUGUGGAUAGACAAAAAACAGGCAAACAUUUGUUUUAACCAAUUCUUUUGUUUUUUAAAUUGUAUUAUCUUUUCACCCUGCAUAAAGAACUUAUUAAAAGCCCAGAAAUGACGGCAUUCAUAUCCAGAGUGUGUAUUCAAACAUCUGAAUCCAUCUGUUGAAGAUGUGUCACAAAGAGGCUUACGGUCACCUUCUAGCUGAAUGCUCCUUUAUCUGCACAUCUUGUAAUGAUCCAGAUUUAGUAGUGCAGUGAUGUGCAUUGAGAAUGCUAAAAACGGAGCGGAGACGAGCAAACAAAAGGACGACAAAACCACAACACGGGAUCGCCAGGCACGCUAAUGAAGCUGUCCGACAGAGCUGAACAGUGUGUUCCCAGCGCCUACUGGCAGCCGGCCAUCGAAAGCCACUGGACUGUGUCUGCUACAGCGAUGGACAACCCGAACAAAGUUUCCAAAAACAAGAGAGAAGAGAAGAAGGAGGAGGGAGACAACAGUUUAGCAGAAUCAUUACAGAGGCAGACAGAGCUGUUUACACACCAGAAACACUUAUUGCUGAAUUUUUACAGAGUUGCAGUUUCAUGCAAACCCUUCGGAGGUUACAUGUUAGUGUGAUGUCCGGUGGCGACAAAGUUGAAGAUUGAAAACUAUUUUGAAAGCCGCAAAAAUAAAAAUUGAACAAAAUGGCAUAAUGGGAGGUAACAUGAGUUUUAUUUUAUUUACACCAGUCACUGGUCCGUUUUGUGUCGAAUCACAAAGCUCAGUAGCUUUGUGGCGACACUUGACCUUUAAGUCAUUCUUGUAAAAACUGAAUAUUAAACGACCAAUAUAGUAAAAGUGUAGGCAGACUGGGAGAUGAUUGGGACCAGUAACAUGAUAUCCCAGUGUGUAAGGCCAUAUCAGUUAGAUCAACAUAGCAUUCCUCUUUUAGUUGUUGAGCCAACAAAGUGUGUGCGCGUGUGAGUGUGUGUGCGUGAUCCUGUCAGUUUAAAGUUAAUAAAGUGAUGGUUCACAGUGUGUUACUGAACAGGGCACAAGGGUAGUUUUCUGUUACAAAUCAUUAAACAUUUCAACAAAGGCCUUUGAGCUUUUAAGACGUGUUAUUUCAAAAAACUUGCUUCCAAAAAAAAGUUAGAAGUUGAAAAGUCAUUGAAACUAAAUAUAUAUGAAUCUAAAAAAUUACUGUGGAGAAUGACAAACUAUUCACUCCCAUUAAAGUUGUUCCACAGGUCCCCCCCGUCUUCAUUCAAAACCUGCA